CGGCUGUCGUUGGUCUGGGAGGUCUGGGGGACAGGAUAGUCCGCGGUGUCUCUGUGCAGCGGUGUGUCUGAUGAGAAGAACCGGAGAGGGCAGCUAAACGCAGGCAGCAUCACCCAUGGCCUCACCGCUCAAAGUCUGCAUCAUCGGCUCCGGGAACUGGGGCUCAGCCAUUGCCAGGAUAAUUGGAGAUAAUGCCAGGUCUCUGCAGCGCUUUGCCACCACAGUGAAGAUGUGGGUGUUUGAAGAAAACAUUAAUGGCAGGAAGCUCACGGACAUCAUCAACACGGAGCAUGAAAACAUCAAGUACUUGCCUGGAUAUAAACUGCCUGAGAAUGUGGUGGCUGUCCCGAAGCUCUGUGAUGCUGCAGAGGGAGCUGACCUGCUGGUGUUUGUGGUCCCUCACCAGUUCAUCAGGAAGCUCUGUGACGAGAUGGUGAACUGUGUCUCCACCAAAGCUCGGGGAAUCACCCUCAUCAAGGGGAUAGAUGAGGGUCCUGAGGGCCUGAAGCUCAUCUCUGAUAUCAUUCGAGAGAAGAUGGGGAUUGACGUCAGCGUCCUCAUGGGAGCAAACAUCGCCAACGAAGUGGCAGCUGAGAAGUUCUGUGAAACCACUAUCGGCAGUAGGAUUCUGGAGAACGGCCUGCUGUUCAAAGAGCUGCUUCAGACACCAAACUUCAGGAUCACAGUGGUGGAUGAUGCUGAUACAGUGGAGCUGUGUGGAGCUCUGAAGAACAUUGUCGCGGUGGGUGCAGGCUUCUGCGAUGGGUUGCGUUGCGGUGACAACACCAAGGCAGCUGUGAUCCGACUGGGGCUGAUGGAGAUGAUCGCCUUCGCGAAACUCUUCUCCAAGAACAACUCUGUUUCCACAGCGACCUUUCUAGAGAGCUGCGGUGUGGCUGACCUCAUCACUACGUGCUACGGUGGCCGCAACCGACGGGUGGCCGAGGCGUUUGCAAAAACGGGAAAGAGCAUUGAGGAGCUGGAGAAGGAGCUGUUGAAUGGUCAGAAGCUCCAGGGUCCUGCCACCUCAGCUGAGGUUUACCACAUCCUCCAACAGAAGAAACUGGUGGACAAAUUCCCGCUCUUCACAGCAGUCUAUCAGAUUUGUUUUGAGGGGAGGCCGGUCCAAGAGAUGAUCUCCUGCCUGCAGAGCCACCCAGAGCACAUGUGAUGACCCGGUGGGUCCCACGGGGGUGGGGUAGGGUAUCUACCCUAUCUACCCUACUCAGCAAGUAAAACCAAUAAGGACAAAAAGAAACCAAAAAAAAAAAAAAGCAGAGCUGCCAGAUUUCCAACAGUCUUAUUUGUGUACAACAGAGGAAAAGCGUUCUGCUUAAUGUGACCUCCUCUGCUCAGGCUGGAUUUUCACUCCCAUGAGGACAGGUCCAAAACCGAGGUGCAGCUUAACACAGCCUCACAGACAACUUUAGAAAUCUCUCACUCCUUAUUUACUGUCUGUCAUAGUCAGACUGUAGCAGUGAUUUACAGCUGAUUCCCAUCUCGGACCAGAGCCACAUAACUUUUGAUGGGUUUAUAUCAUGUUGCAGCUGAAUUCCACAGGUGAACAGGGCUGUUCCAGGCCCAGCUCUGUGCUGUUGUGUGUUUCUCUGUCUGAUGUGCUGUAGUGUUACAACCUUUCUGUCGAAUACUCCUGCCUCUGCCUUUUUUCUGGCCGGUUUUUAUCACAGAGCUGCCACAGUUCUAGCACAGUGCUCCUCAGACAUAAAACACUCUCAUACACCACAGGAUGCUGGAACAGUCCUCUUCUUAUAUACUUAAAUCAACCAACGCCAUCUUGUGGUUAGAUAGCACAAAUCAUCAUUCCACUAACAUAUCCAUUUAAAAGACUGGUUUAAUACAAUUAUGUCUUGAUAUUAGUUAUAUUAAUAAGCUCGUAUUCACUAUGUUAAAGGACUUAUUCAUAUAAUUGUGACCAUUCUGUCUGUUAGUCAUGCUAAGGUUCACUGCCCAUCUCUGCUAUAGAGAUUUUACCAAUAUCAGGACGAGUGGUGCAAGCUUCCUGGAUCAAAACAAAUUUUACAUACAUCAUUUUAAAGCUUUGUCCCAGCAAACUCAGACAUCAGCCCCUGAGAUUAGAUAUUGGAGCUAAGUACUUCGGGAUCAUCUACAGUAACAUUUAUUACUUUACAGUUUAAUAUAUGACCUAAUGUGUUUUAGAGACAUGUAUUGCUGGUCUUUUCCACCUCAGCUGCUACUUCCAGAACUUUUUCACAGCAGACAUGUCAAAGCAGAACAAGCACAGGUGUAAUUCAUAACAUUCAUGAAUGUGUAUUCCAUGAGGGAAGCCACUUCCAGGGGUUGUUACUGUACAUGCUGGCUGAUUGACAGUAAGUCAGAGCGGAUGCUGUGAAAAGGAUCUUUUGGUGGAGCAUCAUGCUACUGCCAGUGUUGCUGUUCUCUCUGAAAGGAAGUCAAAUGUGCCAAGAAAGACCAGCAGUCAGACAGGCUGGAUAUAAACCAACAAGUUAGUCAGACUUAACUGAAACAGAAAAGGAAGGCAAACGGUAAAAUGUUUACCCAGACUGUCUGUAAAAAUCCUUCACAGUCUCCAGACCCACUUCCUGCUCGUGCUGGACUCACCGUGGCUGUGCAGGGAGGGAUUAUUAACAGCAUUUCAAUUUGACCUCAGUUCAUCUUGGAUAAAUUAUCUGGACUGGAUUGUCUGACUGCUCGUGUUUCUUCACCCUUGCUUCAGUGUGGUAUUAAAUUGGUGAGAAUGAUAUUAUCAGAACUAACUACAACAGUUAGACCCAUUCCUUCAUAAACCACAGCCGUCCUUUAAAUGUCACACGACCCGGUCAGUGACUCUAUCCCACAUCCCUCCUGUCAGAUCGAAGUCCAGGGGAAUGAAUCGGUGACGCUGUAAAGAUGCUCUGUGGUGACAGUUAUGGUGUGAUACAUAUUUACAGAGUUAUUUUUGCUGCACUCUGUAAUUCUAGAUGUUUUAUUUGUGUCUGCUUGUUUCUGUGCCCUUUCCCUGAAGCCCUUGCAAAUCAUAUAUAUUUCCAGGUUCGUGACCAAAUGUUUAAAAUGGGACCUGUGUGUUCUUAUUGUGACAAUACAGUGCGAGUGCUUCAGCGGUUCCUCACUUAUCAACAGGCAGGAGCUGUUAAUUACUUGACAUGACUAAAAACACCAGCCAUUACGAGCCUGCCCGCGGACACCAGCAUGAUAGUGAAUCUGUGUCAUAAAGAUGCACUUUAGUCAUGUCCUGCUCAAGACCAGCAGCAAUGGAUAAUGCAUUUAGACAUUUACGAGAAGAUAAGGGCAGUUACUGUGUGUUUCAGUAUCUUUAUAACUAUUUAUAUGAGUUCAUUGCCACUCAGGUGAACGUACAGCAGUAUUUAAAAAAAUCAGAAGGAAAAAAAACAAGUAUCCUAAUGUACACUAAAAAAUAUCCUCACAGUAUUCUGCUUUAGACAUUAAUUCUAGAAAUCUUUAACCUCUUAAAUGGAUUAAAUCUGUAUGGGUAGAUACUGUGUGACUUAACAAACCUACAGUUUGUUAAUAAUUAUAAUAAUGCCUUUGGGAAAACCAGCAUGAGCUCCAUGUAAAAUAUGGGUAUGUUUCUGUGAGCUUUUCUCCUUAAGCUGCCUGUUACCGAAGUAAAACUGUCUAAUUCUGUCUGAUUGCAUUACUUGAUUACUUUGCAGAGUUGUGUCUGUGAUCAAUACAAAUCCUUGUGCAGUGUUUUGGUGACUGAUAAGCCUUGAAUUAUCUGUUCAUCUGUCUCUCAGACCUUGGGUUCAGCCUGAAACAGCGAAUUGCUGCCCCCUGUGCCAUUUCAUUCCAGUGAAAGUUGGUCAUCCAGCACAUGAUCCUAAAAGGUUUUUCCUACUUAUUUUGUUUCUGUGUUGUGCAGUCCACUGCACAUGUGCAGUAGCGUCUCUCUUUCCCUGAGCCCACAGGUCUGUGUUACAGACUUUAAAAUGAGAUGACACGUUAAACAGCUUUUCUACACUCUUGGAAAAUUUAGCAAAUGUUAAACAUGGUUUAACAAUCCUCAAUAAACAGAAUAAUAAACGACGUUGGUGGUUGAACAGACAUCUGUUUUUUAGUAGUGCUAUAUGGCAUUGUAUCCAUCUCUCUGAAUAAACCCAUGAUUACCAGAGUCAGUGACGGAUGCAGUGACUGUUUUCACCACAUUUGCCACAAGGGGAAACAGUGACACAGUGAGUUUUCACUGCACAGUGGAGAGUCUGGAACAGGGCUGAGAUCACUGGAUGAACUGAUUAGAACUUGGUGGUCAAAACAACCAUGAGGUGGUAAUUCUAGACAAAGGAGCUCACCAACACCAUCUAAUGUGGACAGAACGAAACUCAGAUUUUCUUCAAAUUGGCAGCUUUCAUUUCUCUUACAUGUGUUUUGUGUAAUCGUGUUUCAUGGAGGUCAGAGUCCGUCCUAACAGAAACAAACAGGUUUGUGUUAUUCUGUUAUGAUUUUAACUAAACUUGAAUUUUUGACUUUGGUAACUCCUACUGGUGGUAUCAAACAUGACAUGCUGACAGCAAAGCACACCAAUACUUACCCCCACCCCCUCUACCACAAUGAACACACACACACAUUUACACACACACACAGAUCUGACCUGGUGAAACACUGAAUAAUAUUUAAAAUACUAUAAUUACAAACAAACUCUACACAUUGUGGCUUUUAGUGUCAAAGGUUUUCACCAUGUGAUGGAGAACUAAUGUUACUUGAGUCUGAUUUUGCCUUUUAUUUUUUGGAAUGUAACAUCAUGGUGUUUUGUUGCUGUUAAUCAGUGCUGUUCUGUUUAAAUAAAACUGAUGUUUC